ACCUUAGAAAUGGGUUAUGAUCACACGUGUAAUGAUCCUGCAAUGUUAUAUCGUGUAGAAACAAUGCCUGGUUUAGGCUGGUUGCUCAAACGACGACUUUAUAAAGAAGAACUUGAGCCAAAAUGGCCAACCCCUGAUCUCUUUUGGGAUUGGGAUAUGUGGAUGAGGAUGGACAGCAACAAAAAGGGACGUGAAUGUAUCAUUCCGGAUAUCUCAAGAACCUACCAUUUUGGCGCCAAAGGCCUGAAUAUGAAUGUAUUUUUUCAAGAAUCCUAUUUCAAAAAACAUACGUUGAAUACUGAACCUAACGUUAAGUUCAAUGUUGGAUUGUUGAAAAAAGAAAAUUAUGAGAAGGAGAUUGAACGGCUUGUAGGGUUGGCAGAGCCGUUGGAUCACAGUAAAAAUCCUUGCAAGAACGAGAAAGACUUUGUUCCAGAAACAUCUGAUAAAACAUAUAUAUUUUAUAUUGAAAUGAAACAUGCUAACGACUGGACAACAUGGAAUAAUAUAGCGAGAUGUUUACGAAUCUGGGACUUAGAUGCUCGAGGAUUUCAUAAAAGCAUGUGGAGAUUAUGGUUAAAGGGUAAUCACGUGUUAAUUGUUGGAUCACCGGCUUCACCUUACGCCAAACAUAAACCAAUUAACGUAAAACCUAUUUUCAUUAAUUAUUUGAAAACGAACUUACCUCUCAUUCUUUCCCUUUGUCCCAUCCUAUUAGGAUUGCUAAAAUGAAUCACUUGCUACCAUUUAGUUCUGUCAAUAAAAUUCUCUCGUUAAAUUAUUA